GCCUCCCAUCCAGGUGUUGAGGGACAAGGAGUGCCCGGCCAUGCUCAUCCCCAGCACCCCACUGGUGCGGCGCUGCUUCCCGGCCUUCCAGUCCAAGAAGGGCGUCAUCAUGGUGGGCAACCAAACCACCUACGACGAUGGCCAAGGCCACCAGAGGAACGUCACCGAGCUGCUGGAAGGGGCCAAAAAAGCCAACGUGGUGCUGGAAGCCCGGCAGUUGGCCAUGAAGAUCUUUGAAGAUUACACGGUCUCCUGGUACUGGAUAAUAAUAGGGCUGGUCAUCGCCAUGGUGGCCAGCUUGAUCUUCAUCGUCCUGCUCCGCUUCUUGGCCGGCGUCAUGGUCUGGGUGAUGAUCGUGAUGGUCAUCCUGGUGUUGGGCUACGGGAUCUUCCACUGUUACAUGGAAUAUGCAAAGCUAAAAGGGGAAGCGGGUUCCGACGUCUCCCUGGUGGACCUGGGCUUUCAGACCGACCUCCGUGUCUACCUCCACCUGCGGCAGACGUGGCUGGCCUUCAUGAUCAUCCUGUGCGUGGUGGAGGCGGUGAUCAUCCUGCUGCUCAUCUUCCUCCGCAAGAGGAUCCUCAUCGCCAUCGCGCUCAUCAGGGAGGCCAGCAGGGCCAUCGGUCACGUCAUGAUGUCGCUGCUGUUCCCCUUGUGCACCUUCUUCCUGCUGUGUCUCUGCAUCGCCUACUGGGCCAGCACCGCCGUUUUCCUCUCCACCUCCAACGAGGCCGUCUACAAGGUGUUCAACGAGAGCGCCUGCCAGUUCUCCGGGCAGCCCUGCCGACCGGAGACCUUCAACACCAGCAACGUCACCAAGCAGUGCCCCGACGCCCAGUGCCUCUUCGCCUUCUACGGGGGCGAGACGGCCUACCACAAGUACCUCAUCGUCCUCCAGUUCUUCAACAUCUUCAUGUUCUUCUGGCUCGUCAACUUCGUCAUCGCCUUGGGUCAGGUGACGCUGGCGGGGGCUUUCGCUUCCUACUACUGGGCCUUCAAGAAGCCUGAUGACAUGCCAGCCUUCCCCCUCUUCUCCGCCUUCGGCCGCGCGCUCCGGUACCACACCGGCUCGCUCGCCUUCGGCUCCUUGAUCCUCGCCAUCGUCCAAGUCAUCAGGGUCAUUCUGGAGUAUCUGGACCACAGGUUAAAAGCUGCAGAUAAUAGGUUUGCCAAGUUCCUCCUGAGCUGCCUGAAGUGCUGCUUCUGGUGCCUGGAGAAAUUCAUCAAGUUCCUCAACAGAAACGCCUACAUCAUGAUCGCCGUCUACGGCACCAACUUCUGCACCUCGGCCAGGAACGCCUUCUUCCUGCUGAUGAGGAACAUCAUCAGGGUGGCCGUCCUAGAUAAAGUCACGGAUUUCCUCCUCUUCCUGGGGAAACUCCUCAUCGUAGGAAGCGUGGGCAUCCUGGCCUUCUUCUUCUUCACCCAGAGGAUCAAGCUGGUGCAGGACACGGCGCCCUCCUUGAAUUACUACUGGGUCCCCAUCCUGACGGUGAUCGUGGGCUCCUACCUCAUCGCCCACGGGUUCUUCAGCGUCUACGGGAUGUGCGUGGACACCCUCUUCCUCUGCUUCUGUGAAGAUCUGGAGAGGAACGAUGGAUCUCCCGAGAGGCCUUACUACAUGUCCCCCGAGCUGAGCGAGAUCCUGCUGAAGGGGAACCCAGAGCCUCCCAAAAGCGCCGAUAGCCAAGGCUAGGGCUGGCCCUGGGAGGAAGGCUGCGUGCCCACGGCCGGGUUUUGGGGGGCACAGGACGUUGGGGGGUGUCCCCCCCUCCCCAACAAACCCAACCCUGCCCCAAAAAUUGAAUGUCCUUGUUUGGAGACAACCAACCCAUGAACGUCGCCGGGCGUCAAUCCGGGGGUCCCCCGUGUCCCCAUCACACCAGGAGCCAACAUAGAGUCGUGUUUCACCUCAGAAACGAGGUUUUUAGGCAAAAAAAAAAACUGGGAGAGGUGGUCCCCGUGCUGCCCUGGCAGGGGGGGUGUCCGGCGGGCGGUGGGUUCUGCAGCCCCCCCAAAAAACUGCUUCUUUCUCUCUUUUCCUUCUGCCUUCCACCCUGGGCAAAGAGCCUUUUUCCUCUCCUUCUAUGCAAAUCCGGGAUUUCCCAAAGCUUUCCUGGGGGAGAUCCUCAAGGGCUUUGUGGCUUUUCAGUCUCCGUGGGGGCAGCAGCACCUUCCUUCCUCGAAGGAGCCCCCUUUUUGCAGCCCAAAACUCCCCUUUCCUCAGGGAAGCGGAAAAGAGCCGUCGCCGGUUAAAAUUCGGAGGGAUUUCAGCGUCCGUCGUUGAAAAUGUUGGGUUUUUUGUUGCUUUUUGUUC